UGAUUUGCCCGCCUCGGCGUCCUGGAAUUACAGGUGUGAGCCACCACGCCCAACCAUGUUCAUAUUUUUGUAUGUGAACAUUAGAUAGUUGUUAGGAACAGGUUAAGUAGUCUUAGCCCUGAAAUGUCUGAAUUCAAACACUUAUUAAGCACAAGGAAGGUGCUUAAUAAAUCCAAUAACAUGUGUUUUUACAUUAUUUCCUUAAUUCCUGGUCAAAAGAAUCCCACUAAAAUCCAUCCUCAGAAGACCCACUUUUUGGAGUUUUUAUGAAUCGGUAGUUCAUGGUGGACUCUCAACAGUUAUGAAUGGAAUUAUGUCCUGCUAGAGGUCAGGGCCAGGUAUGGAAAGAUCAAGGGAUCAGUCAGGAGACCCGUAUGGGAGGAGGGGAAGACAGGUGCUUCGGCAGUCAGUUAUUUUGUGCUGGGCCGGUAACGUUCCUUAAGUUUUUGCCUGAAGUGUAAAGCGGGGGACUACGCUUUGUCCUAUCUAACUCACCUGAAGAUGCAAUAGCCGGGUGAGAGACUGCUUUCAUUAUACGCUAACGUGAGGGAUGAUUUUAGAUAUUAAUAGGAGAGAAGUACAAGGAAAGGAAGUCUCAGGGCAUGGAGUGCUUUCCAGGCAAUGGCUGCUGCACGUCAUAAUCCCCUAACACAGUAAGUGGUGGUUCUCAUCGUCGUUCACCCUUACAGAUGUCAGAGGGGGGGAAAAAAAUUCAACUCAAACCUUCCAAUAACAGGAUUGUCUGUAUUCAAACCAGUUCAUCCCGUUCGUAGACUUUUUUGAAGCUAUAAGCACAGAGUAAGCUUUCUGGGCGGGGCUCAGAAGUAAACGUUAAACUCCAGGGAUUCAUAUAUUUGAGCACAGAACAGAGGAAGUUGCCCUGGAGCAACUGAUUGUCAUUGAUAUUCAGGGCUCACUGUCAACCAGGACCUUCCAGGAACUGGCUCAGGGCCAAGAGCAGUAGAAAUCACUGGGUGGUCCGCGCAGCCUGCGGACAUCUAACCUGCUUCAAGGCUCAGGGCUAAAAGGAAGGCAGGGCCCUUCCUGGAGGCGGCAACCCAAGUGGGAGGCAGAGCGCCUGGGCCUGCUCCUCGAUCUGUUGAGUGACGACCCUGUACAAGUCAUUUCUCUUCCGAGAGCUUCAGUUUCCUCACGUGCCAAGCGGACGGGUUGGAAGUUGGUCUUUGCCAGCUCUGACACCUUGUGGGAACUCUGAGUCUCAGAGACAGAGCAGAAGACAGAACCUGGUCAUCUGACUCCUUGUGUUCUGCUGUUUUCAUUGUUCCACCGGACGCUCAUCAGAGGGAAGACCUUUCUCCUCAGCUGAUACUUGCACUGCAGUUGGCUGAACCUUGUGUCCAUUGUCCAUUCCAGGAGCCAGCUAUCUAAGAUUCCAACAAUGUCUCACCCAUCUUGGCUGCCACCCAAAAGCACUGGUGAGCCCCUCGGCCAUGUGCCUGCACGGAUGGAGACCACCCAUUCCUUUGGGAACCCCAGCAUUUCAGUGUCUACACAACAGCCACCCAAAAAGUUUGCACCAGUAGUUGCUCCAAAACCUAAGUACAAUCCAUACAAACAACCUGGAGGUGAGGGUGAUUUUCUUCCACCCCCACCUCCACCUCUAGAUGAUUCCAGUGCCCUUCCAUCUAUCUCUGGAAACUUUCCUCCUCCACCGCCUCUUGAUGAAGAGGCUUUCAAAGUACAGCAAGGAAAUCCCGGAGGCAAGACACUUGAGGAGAGGCGCUCCAGCCUGGACGCUGAGAUUGACUCCUUGACCAGCAUCUUGGCUGACCUUGAGUGCAGCUCCCCCUACAAGCCUCGGCCUCCGCAGAGCUCCACUGGUUCAACAGCCUCUCCUCCAGUUUCAACCCCAGUCACAGGACACAAGAGAAUGGUCAUCCCGAACCAACCCCCUCUAACAGCAACCAAAAAGUCUACAUUGAAACCACAGCCUGCACCUCAGGCUGGACCCAUCCCUGUGGCUCCAAUCGGAACACUCAAACCCCAGCCUCAGCCAGUCCCAGCCUCCUACACCACAGCCUCCACUUCUUCAAGGCCUACCUUUAAUGUGCAAGUAAAGUCAGCCCAGCCCAGCCCUCAUUACAUGGCUGCCCCUUCAUCAGGACAAAUUUACGGCUCAGGGCCCCAGGGCUAUAACACUCAGCCAGUUCCCGUCUCUGGGCAGUGUCCACCUCCUUCAACACGGGGAGGCAUGGAUUAUGCCUACAUUCCGCCACCAGGACUUCAACCUGAGCCUGGGUAUGGGUAUACCCCCAACCAGGGACGCUAUUAUGAAGGCUACUAUGCAGCAGGGCCAGGUUAUGGGGGCAGAAAUGACUCUGAUCCUGCCUAUGGUCAACAAGGUCACCCAAAUACCUGGAAACGGGAACCAGGGUACACUCCUCCUGGAGCAGGGAACCAGAACCCUCCUGGGAUGUAUCCAGUCACUGGUCCCAAGAAGACCUAUAUCACAGAUCCUGUUUCAGCCCCCUGUGCACCACCAUUGCAGUCAAAGGGUGGACCUACAGGGCAACUGGGGCCUUCAUCAGUUCCCCCUUCUUUACGCCCAGAGGAUGAGCUUGAGCACCUGACCAAAAAGAUGCUGUAUGACAUGCAAAAUCCACCUGCUGACGAAUACUUUGGCCGCUGUGCUCGGUGUGGAGAAAACGUAGUUGGGGAAGGUACAGGAUGCACUGCCAUGGAUCAGGUCUUCCACGUGGAUUGUUUUACCUGCAUCAUCUGCAACAACAAGCUCCGAGGGCAGCCGUUCUAUGCUGUGGAAAAGAAAGCAUACUGCGAGCCCUGCUACAUUAAUACUCUGGAGCAGUGCAAUGUGUGUUCCAAGCCCAUCAUGGAGCGGAUUCUCCGAGCCACCGGGAAGGCCUAUCAUCCCCACUGUUUCACCUGCGUGAUGUGCCACCGCAGCCUGGAUGGGAUCCCGUUCACUGUGGAUGCUGGCGGGCUCAUUCAUUGCAUCGAGGACUUCCACAAGAAAUUUGCCCCGCGAUGUUCUGUGUGCAAGGAGCCUAUUAUGCCAGCCCCGGGCCAGGAGGAGACUGUCCGUAUUGUGGCUUUGGAUCGAGAUUUCCAUGUUCACUGCUACCGAUGCGAGGAUUGCGGUGGUCUCCUGUCUGAAGGAGAUAACCAAGGCUGCUACCCCUUGGAUGGGCACAUCCUCUGCAAGACCUGCAACUCUGCCCGCAUCAGGGUGUUGACCGCCAAGGCGAGCACUGACCUUUAGAUUGAGUCACCUGUUCAGCUGGCACUGAGAAGAACGAACACAAGAAAAAGAUAAGAAAUACGAGAGGAAAGGCCAUCAAUCUACAGGAUAGUCUCUGUUCUUCAUCUGCUAUUAACCUUUCCUUAGAAACACAUAAAUUAUGAGAUUUUUUUUAAAGUUGUUACCAAAUACACAUUUCACAUUGAAUCAUGUAGGAUCUUGAUGGGCCUUUGUUCCCAAGGACUUCCACAUUUUUGCACAGAUUAUGCUCCAUCCCAUUCACUUCUGCAUUCCUGUAACUUUUAAUCCCUAUGUUUGUCUCACUUUUCAUCUGGUUGAAUGGCUUUUUUUAGUGUGGUAUUUGCUGUCACAUAGUUUUUCCUGGGUGAGUCUGCCAACUCACAGGUGCUUUUGGCUUGAAAUCUCCAUCCCAUCAUUUCCGUUCUGCCUGUGACUGUAAAGAGUAGCCAUUCUUUUCCCAUGUACUGAAGAAUAUAUUUUUCUGUUGCUUUAUACUACUCAUGUCCUUGGGGAGGGAAAUGCACAAUUUUUUUUUGUUAGGCUGUAAAGAAUUUAAGUUGUAAAUUACGUAAGUUAGAACAAGCCCAAAUUUAAUUUGCAACCAUCAGAAUUCAGAAUCUAUAGUGACCAGUGAUCAAGGCUAAUUGGAAAAGAGUUAUCGGCCCAUAGCUAAUAAGUGCUGACAGACAACUAAGCUUCAGUAUUUUUCUAAAGAAAUUACAGGUGGGAUAUGCUAGAAAAGGCAUUUUGGGGUUACGUUUAAAAAACAUUAUUGUCCCACAAUAUUACCUUAAGAUUUUUCUUUUCUACACUACCUGGACAUGGUAAUAGAGACAAACUUGAUUUCUUCUAGAAUAUAACAUUUUCAAUAUUGUCCCACUCUUCAUCUUAGAAAUAUUGUCAUGUUUAUUCUAAUAUCCAACACAACUAUCAAAAUUGACUUUUUCUCUAGAGGAUGAAAGCUGUGAAAAAACAGUUCAAAUGUUCUUCUUUUUCUUUUUUAGGACCAGGUCCAUUUUGCCUGACAAUUGCAAAUCAGAGCAUACAAAAUAAAAUUGUGCAGUUUUGUUUGGUUUACUUUCAAAAGAGUAGAAAGCCUGAAAAGAUUGUGAAACCACAGUUUCAUUAUUCUCAUAAUCCCUUCUGCAACUGAAAUUACAUAUUGCAGGAGACAUUUUCAUAUCAUCAAUGUGACAUUUACACCACACUUUCAAAGACAAUCACUGAAAAAAAAUUGUCUUUAUGAGCUAAAAAUAUGCAGAAUCUCUGCCUAGAAUCUUUAUUCAAACUUUUAUUAGCCAGUGAAACACUCGCUUGCCAACUGCCAAGCCAUACUUAUUAAGUUCGAGCAUGUUUCACUUAAGGAGAAAUACCUAGCUUAGUCAUGGCAAGUUGCCACUUUGUAAACUAAGUAUUUUGGAUUGAGACUUCUUAAACCUUUCUUCAAAUCUCCCACAAAUAUAUACUUUUAAAUUAUGGAGUAUUUUAAGUCUACAAAAAGGUAUAAAUAAUAAUAUAAUGAAUUCCUAUAUACCUAACACCCAGUUUAAGAUUCCAAAAUAACAAAUGUAAUUACAUCUUCCAACGUACCCUUUCCUUACUCCACAGAUAUCUUUUUCAUGAUUGUGAAGUGAUGUUCAGAUUUCUAGUGAUUUUUUUUUGUAAUUUUUAAUUUUAACAUCAGAACUGAAAUGAAAAAAUUAUGGAUACAUGUUUUGAAUUGCAAACUAUUCCUCAGGAAUUCCAAUUAAAUUUAUUUUACUUGAAUAGGAAUGAUCAUAAAAGUGAUUCUUUUUUUGUGACUAGAAAUUCUUAAGCCGAUGGUCACUACAGCUCAUCCUUAAUGUAUGGUUCAUUUGCUUUUGUCACUAAACAGUUUUGUGUUAGAACCACCAAAAUUAUAGCUUUUAAGAGCUUCCUUUGACCACUGUCUUUUAUUUACCCUGCUUCUCUUAUCUUUGACCGUAUAUUUCUCAUAAUGUGAAAUAUGAUGAGAUUCACUUAGGGGAAGCAUGUGAGUUUUCGGAGGCAAUGUCAACUGUGUCUCUGACUUCCUGCCUUCCAAAUUGAAGGCCAGACCAUGCUGAUGACCUCAAGGAGCACUGACUAUUUGACAAUAGGGCAGAUAAUGUAAUCGGCUUGAAUUUUGACUUAGUAACUUUUUAUGUAACACUUUGGGGGAAAUUCUCUUUAGGACAAAGCAAAGAGUUCAAUUUAUUGAGGGAUAGAUUGUAUCUCUUAAAGUGGUCAUAUUAUUAUUAAUUUUGCCAAAAGAAGAUGAAUUUAUUGAAUAUUUAUACUAUAAAAUGUAGUAACAUUCUACUUGCUUAUUACAUUUAAAUCCUUAUGUAACUGAAUGUUUACAUGUCAAGAGAAAAAGCUGUAAGAAAAUGCUGUCACAGACCCAUCCCUGUGGCAUCGUCAGCAGAAUAUUGCUUGCUUACAAUCUUUAUUAUGCAUUCUUAUAACAUAACCUCAGAGUAUCUUUACCAAAGGUUUUUAAAGUAAAUCUCUUUUUAAGAUAGACUUAUACUUUUAUAAUAAUGAAUGUGCACUCAUACAUAUGUAGAAAUAUUUAGAUUUAGAGGAUUUUUUUUUCUUUCACAGGUAUAAUAAGGAAAGGAUCCUACCAUAUUUUAUUCUAGGGUUUCUUAAAUAUAUGAUUUAUAUUACUGUCUUUUCUAUUAAUCAUUUGAUUCAAACAAUGCCAAGUAACUCUUUAAUACUUUAGUUGCAUGAAAUUUUGCCGGCAACGAGAGAAAAAGAUUGUAUUACCUUAAUGAUUAUAAUCAUACUGUCUGCUGAUAUAAUAUCAUAAUUGUUGUGGUUUAAAUACAUAAAUAGUAGGAAAAAUCAGAGUCUAUAACAGAAAGUUUGUAAAAAUAUACUGAUUUUGAAAAGUAUCAAGAAUAUAAAUAUUUGGUAAUUCUGUGUAACAAGAGAGACAUGGAAAAGGAAAAAAAUCCACUAUAUCAUGGGCUCUGCAGAACAUAUCAAAAUAGGAUUUCUUAAAUUUGUCAAUCUCCAGACCAUACUGACUCAACAUGGAGUCUCACUGGCAAAGAAAAUGGCCUUUAAAACUCAAAAAUAAUACCAGGCGCGGUGACUCACACCUGUAAUCCCAGCAAUUUGGGAGGCUGAGACAGGAGGAUUGCCUGAGGCCAGGAGUUUGACACCAGCCUGGGCAACACAGUGAGACCUUGUCUCUACAAAAAAUAAAAUAAAAUAAAAACCAAAUUAGCCAGACAUGUGGCAUGCGAUUGUUUAAGUAAAUAAAUAAGUAAAUAACUGACUCAAAAAAUGAGUCGUGUGUCCCAGCAUAAGGCAUCAGGUUGUCAGAUGCUGGCAUCUCUGCAGCGCAAACGUGUGGGUUCUUUUUCUUGUCAUUAACACAUUGUUAUUUCUGUAGGAGCAACUUCUCUGAUCAAAAUAACUUUUUUGGGCAUGUGCUGAUUAAGAAGGUGGACUUAUCAACACUAUAAUUGUUCCCUAUGAAAGAUUCUGUAGAGAUGUUUAUGGUGAGGUUUAAAGGAUAUGCAACUCUACAUUUAAACAAAUAUUUUAUAUUUGGGUACAGAGGAAGAAAGAGAGAACUUUUUCCAUGGGGCUAUCAUAGAGAGUUAGUGGAAUAUAGACAGGACUCUGAAAACACAACUUCCAACCAUUUUUAUAGGUAGUGAAAAUCCUAUUAAUGUGAACCAGCCAGGAAUAACAGUGUUAUUUCUAUUUGAUACGGUUUGGGCUUCUCUUGUCAAAUCUGCGUCGGCUGCCCCCUGAUACUUCCAUUAUCAAGUUUUGAAGGGUGUUGGGGAAAUUAUGGCAGCUGCUAGGGAGAUCAGGGAAACACUGAUGUAACCUCAAAGCCUCUCACCAUUCCUCUUGGCUUGGAAAGGCUUUAUUUUUUCAUAUACAUUUCUAGAAAUAUUGCUAUUCUACCUUAGUAUUUCACAUUUGUAGUUCAAACAAGCGAUUGUCCAUCUGUUGCCUAGAGCUAUAGUACAUGUGUGUUAUGAAUGAAAUAUGACAGCAUGUUCCAUACCCCUGCUUUAGCCAUCUGUGGGAAACCAGCAAACUGAAAAAGAUACCUCUGCAAAAUGUGCCUCAAGUCCAUUUCUUGAGAUCGCUCGUUUGGUGCACUCUCGUGGGAGACAAUCAGAGAACAACAUAUACUUGUGCCUUAUUUUCAAAGAAUCUAUUUACACUACUAUGAAUAUUCCACUGAAGAGUCAAUGAUGUAAAUGAUAACCACCAAAUCUCAAAAGUAUACUCACCAAAAAGUAAAAAAGAAAAAAAAAAA